GCGGCACCUCGAAGGCGAAGCCCUCCUCCCUCUCCAAGAACCCGCGGCCCAGAUCAACUAACAACUACGCCGACGCGGCGCCCCUGCUGACCGUUUGCGGAUAUGGAGCGCGCCGGCGGCGGCAGCGGGGCCGGCGCGGCGGGGGUCCCGGCGGCAGGGGAGGGCGCGGCGGCAGCGGCGCCGGCGCCGGCGCCGCCGACUGCGGUGGCUGGAGCAGAGGUGGUGAAGGGGGCAGGGCUGGUGAAGGGGCGGUCGUGCAAGGGCUGCCUCUUCUACUCGUCGGUGCUCCGGUCCAAAGGGCGCGGCCCCGUCUGCUUCGGCGUCACCCGCUCCAUCCCCCAAGUUCCUGAUCGCAUGGUCGGAGAAAUUGAGCUGGGAGCUAUCCAAGAAGGUCGCCACCUUUCCAACUUCAAAUAUGCAUGCGCUGGAUAUUCCAUAUACCUAGAUGACAAGGAUAAUCCUCCCGGAAAAGGAGAGAAGCAUGCAGAGCUGCCUAUUUGCGUUGGUGUUGAGCUAUUGGCAGACAGAGCCCCAACUAAACAAGCACCAGCCCAAGCUCCAGCUCACCUUAGAAAAGAAGCUACUCAAGCAAAUGCAUUGAAACCUGGGCAUACUCAAGCACAUGCAAACAAACCUGGGAAUACUCAAGCACGUGGAAAUAAACCUGGGCAGACAGGAGAUGAUUUCCUAACCAAAUUCCAGAGAAAUGCUGGACUCGUGGCCAAUGGUGUGGUUAGGAACAUGAAUAAAGUUGGGACAUAUGUCAAAGAUACGGUGGAUGAUAUCCUGUACCCAUACCGCAAGCGUCCCAAGUAAAACCUAUCUCUUUUUCUCCUGGAGGUGAAGUGGCAAAAUGUGGGGGCAUGUAAUCCAUUUACUUCCGGAAAUACUGGCAUAGGAGUAGCCUCGCCUGGUUUCCGAGGCUCCAGAUGGUGAUUCCACUGUUUGUCAGCGGCAACGGGCAGUUCCAUGGAGGCGCGGUUUGCCCCCUUGGACAUGUUGCACUUUUCCACUGGCUGUGUAACGGUUAUCAUGUUCCUUUGGUAGAGCCCCUGCCUGCUCCUCCACUUGCAAUGCAAUCUUCAUGUUCCUGGGUUUCUCCAGCAAUGUAUAGGAUGCAAUGUAACAAAGCAAUAAAAUAGUGCGUAUUUGCCUAUUUGAGGCAAUGCUUUGCAGCAUAAUAAAUUGACGAUUGGUCGCUGUUGUGGCUUCUA